AUGGCAGGCGCCCCGCCGCCGCUGCACCCGGCGCUGGAGCCGAUAGCUUUCAUGCUGGGUCGAUGGCGUGGCGAGGGCGAGGGCGGUUACCCGACCAUCAACUCGUUUAGAUAUGUUGAGGAAAUCACCCUCACGCAUGCCGGCAAGCCGGCGAUGGCGUACGCGCAGAAGACGUGGCGCGCGGAGUCGGGCGAGCCGAUGCACGCGGAGAGCGGGUUCUGGCGGCCCAAGCCGGACGGCACGCUGGAGAUCGUGAUCGCUCAGAGCACAGGCCUCGCUGAAGUGCAGAAGGGCAGGUAUGACGCGGAGGCCAAGACAAUCAACGUGGAGAGCGAGCUCGUUGGUAACGCCACCAAGGUGCGGCGCAUAGUGAGGCACUUUAAGCUGGAGGGCGAGGGCAUCCUGGCGUACACAGUGGACAUGGAGACCACCUCGCAGCCCAUGCAGAAGCACCUCGAUGCCCGCCUCAAGCGCCUUGAUUGA